AAACUACUUCUAGCCACAUUCGCCUUAAAAAUGCCGCCGCGUAUGGAUAAAAUCCGUGAGAUCGCGGAAAAGCUAUUCACGCCCUCGGAGAUAAGUCGCUUCAAUGCCUUUCGAAACACAUUUUCAAAGAAAUACCUAUCGCCGAGUGCGUACAACUUCAAGUGGAACUUCAAGCGACCCUUAUGGUCAGUGAAAAUGCCCCAGUGGAUAAACUCGCGUUACUUUACGUCUUCGCAGUCUAGCGAGGAGUGCUGUCGCGAGCAGCCGCCGUGCGAUUACGACUGGGACGCUUACCAUCCACGGGGUCCGCCGUAUGAGCCGGGCAACACUCACUAUUGGUAUCCGGAUCCGGAGUAUCUGAAGGAGUCCGAGAAUAUAGUCUUUUAUCCCGUGGGCGAUGAGUGGAAGAAACCGCCGAAUCCGAAGGGAAAGUUCGUUCCGCCCAUUGAUCGCACAUUUCGCUCGAAAUUCGUCAACUUUGGACCUGCACAUCCGGCGGCCCAUGGCGUGCUCCGUAUGAUGCUGGAGCUGGACAACGAGACGGUGUUGUCGGCCGAUCCUCACAUUGGCUUGCUGCAUCGCGGCACCGAGAAACUGAUCGAGCACAAGACAUAUACACAGGCCGUGCCCUAUUUCGCUCGCACCGACUACGUGUCCUGCAUGUCCUGCGAGCAGGCCUACGCCCUGGCCGUGGAGAAGCUGCUGAACAUCGAGGUCCCGCCCCGGGCCAAGUACAUACGCACCUUGUGCGGGGAGCUGAUGCGCCUCACCAAUCACACCAUGGCCAUUGGCACCUCUGUGCUGGACUGUGGCGCCAUCACGCCCCUCUUCUGGCUGUUCGAGGAACGCGAGAAGCUGUACGAGUUCUCCGAGCGUCUGUCCGGGGCUCGUCUGCACGCGGCCUACAUACGGCCCGGUGGCGUGGCCAUGGAUAUGCCUCUGGGCUAUGGCAAGGAUCUGUACCACUUCCUCAAGGACUUCACCCAUCGCAUAGAUGAGGUCGAGGACGUUGUCACCGAUAAUCGAAUUUGGCGCAUGCGCAACAUUGACAUCGGCCGCAUCUCGGCGCACGAGGCACUCAACUACGGCUGCACGGGACCCGUGCUGCGGGCCACUGGGGUCAAGUGGGACCUGCGCAAGCAGCAGCCGUACGAUGCCUAUGCCGCAAUGAAAUUCAAUGUGCCCAUCGGGUCGCAGGGCGACUGCUACGAUCGCUACCUGGUGCGCAUGCGUGAGAUGCGCGAGUCGUGCAGCAUCAUACUGCAGUGCCUGGACCAGAUGCCCCCGGGCAACAUCAAGGUCGACGAUCGCAAGGUGGCGCCGCCCCAGCGCAGCAAGAUGAAGACGGGCAUGGAGGAUCUGAUCCAUCACUUCAAGUUCUUCUCACAGGGCUACAACGUGCCGCCCGGCGCGACCUACACGGCCAUUGAGUCGCCCAAGGGCGAGUUUGGCGUUUAUCUCAUCUCCGACGGCAGCUCGCGGCCCUAUCGCUGCAAGAUUCGGGCUGCCUCCUAUACGCAUCUGGCCCUGCUUAGCAAGCUGUCGCCGUCGUACCUCUUGGCCGAUGUUGUGGCCAUUAUUGGCUCACUGGACAUUGUUUUUGGUGAGAUCGAUCGUUAGCUGUGCCUCUGUUUGAGAAAUUUUUGAAUAAAGAUCUACUACGAAA